UUACUCCCACAAUCGGUGUGUCAGGUCCUGCGUGUUAGGGCUUGAGUCAGGAGCUCUGUCAGCUUUUGUUAAGUGGAAAUACAGCUCUUCAGAUGUCACACUGAUGCUUUUCAUCCUGCUGCUGCUGGUGCUUGCAGAGACAGCCAGGCCAAUCCACCAGCCUAAUUGCAGGAUGGAGUAGACAGGGGAUUGAUUUACUUAAAAUGAGUGUUUUUUUAUUUCCAGAAAAUACAAGGCCUCAUCCAAAAGUUGUAUGUAUCAAUUCAGCACAUCAAGCAGGACUAUUUUCCUGUACUUUCAAUGUCAGCACAGCGCUUGCAGUCUGCAGAGUGAAUAAAAUACAGUCAGUAUUUAUAAAACCGUGUGAGCUGUUAUCAAGAAACAGUCUUCCUUCUGCGUAAUUGCUGUUAAAUGAGGCUGACGUGCAGCUGAUCGCCUGUCUAGUUGGAGGUGUGGCGACACAGGGAUCCAGACCAGAGGGCCUCAAACGCACCGUCCAAUCACAAGUCCUCCGCGAACCCGGAUCGGGACGCAUCACUGAAAUUCCCGAGAACCUCCCAAAGUUUUUCCAGCAACAACAUUGUAACAACUGUGGACUCUGUGUGUUUGCACUCCGUGACAAAAGAGUUAUGCGCUCUCUGGAUUGGAAUUAGACAUCGAUCCGGGCCCUGAAAAGACAGCAUGCCAUCCCCUGGAGACUGGAGAGACGAGUGUUCGACAGACGAGGAUGUACAAGCACCGCGGCCGAGGAAGCGCGCGGCGCAGGUGUCGUGCCUGCCCUUCAGCGUGGAGGCGCUGAUGUCGGACAGGAGGUCGCUGAAUGCGACGGACAGAAUAGAUGGAAAACGUCCUUUGAACGAUGACCAGGCGCAUAGGCCGGAUUUGUUUUCCCAACAACUAGUAUCUAUCAAACCAGAGCCAUCGGAACGAGGGGACUGUGCGUCCUGGAUAUCCAGCCCCAUUAAGAUGACAGCACCACCCCGGCAGCUCAGUCCAGCAGUGUGCUCUUUGAGGAAGCACAAAACCAACCGCAAGCCUCGCACUCCCUUCACCACCACACAGCUUCUGGCCCUGGAGAGAAAGUUCCGUCAGAAGCAGUACCUGUCCAUCGCCGAGCGAGCUGAGUUCUCCUCUUCCCUGACGCUGUCCGAGACCCAGGUCAAGAUCUGGUUCCAAAAUCGGCGAGCCAAAGCCAAGAGGCUUCAGGAGGCUGAGGUGGAGAAACUCAAAAUAGCAGCUGGCAUUGGGCCCAAGGCAGUAUUCCACCCAGGCUUCCCUUCCAUAGGUUUCCCCCUCAGUGUUAACCUGCAGGCUGGAUCAGCAGCACUCUACGGACUGGGCUGCUCAUACGGCCGCAGCCCCCUUCUCCCCACCACACAUCUGGCCAUGUACGCCUCACAGUUUGGGCACAGCCUCUUCCACCUCUCCUGAGAUGAAGCAGCAUUACACAGACAAAGAGGCAUGGAAGUGUGUUAAAAAAGAGGACAGGAGUGUAUCAUGAAGUCAUACACCUUUAUAAAAGACCCAAUUAAGGACCUGAAGUGGAGCUGAAGCUUUAUGAUCUUACUGGUGCAGCUGGAGUUACAAGGAGAAUUUAUAAAUGUCCGUUUACAAGGCUGUAGCAUCUUGAAGGUCCUGUGCUGUUUGUUUAUGCCGAUUCAGCAGGGGUCACUGAUGAUGAAUAGGAGACUGACCAGGCAGCGUGUUUCUGAUUAUUGUACCAGAUUGCAUAUAUUAUAGCCUUUGUGAGUUGUUUUUUCUACUCUUCUUGUUUUCCUGGAUGAAGUCAGCAUUGGGAAUAAUGUAUUCACUUGUUUGCCUUGAACAUGCAGGGAUAUUGUUUGUUAUACUCCUCUCAGAACAAAUAAAAGGCCACAAUUGGAGAAUGACAUUUUGGCCUGGCGAUGUGCAGGCUUGUUUAAAAGCCAGAGCAUUCCCAGUGACUCAUUUAUUUAUGAUAACCCUUGGAUUCAUUUACUAUAUCAUAAUGCAUAGCUACACUUUUGAAGGUAAUAUUUUGUGUGUUUGCUAUUACAUUAAAGCUUUUAGU